AUGAAAACAUUUACACAUUUAUACACUGUGUUAUUUCUUGAUUCAGAUGAGCUUGCUGUGAUUUGCCAACGUGAACUCAAAUCUAAUCUAAAGAAGAAGUUUCAAUGUGUAUUUGAGGGGAUCGCUAAACAAGGAAACCCAACACUUCUCAAUAAGAUCUACACAGAGCUCUACAUCACAGAGGGUGGAACAGGAGAGGUCAAUAAUGAACAUGAGCUGAGACCGAUUGAGACAACAACCAGGAAACAAGCAAGACCAGAGACUGCAAUCAAAUGUAACGACAUCUUCAAACCCUUAACUGGACAAGACAAACUUAUCAGAACUGUGCUGACAAAGGGAGUCGCUGGCAUUGGAAAAACAGUCUCUGUGCAGAAGUUCAUUCUGGAUUGGGCUGAAGGAAAAGCAAAUCAGGAUGUCCAAUUUGUAUUUUCAUUCCCUUUCCGGGAGCUGAAUUUGAUGAAAGAGGACAAACACACUUUGAUUGAACUUCUCAAUCACUUCAUAACGGAAACCAAACAAUCAGGAAUCGCCAACUACAACAAGUACAAAGUUCUGUUCAUCUUUGAUGGUCUGGAUGAGUGCCGACUGCCCCUAGACUUCCAGAAGAACAAGAUAUGUUGGGACGUCACAGAGUCAACCUCAGUGGAUGUUCUCCUGAUAAAUCUCAUCAAGGGAAAUCUGCUUCCCUCUGCUCUCCUCUGGAUAACUACCCGACCGGCAGCAGCCAAUACGAUCCCUUCAGGGUGUGUUGACCAGGUGACAGAGGUACGAGGGUUCAAUGACCCACAGAAGGAGGAGUACUUCAGGAAGAGAUUCAGUGAUGAGGACCUGGCCAGCAGAAUCAUCUCACACAUAAAGACAUCAAGGAGCCUCCACAUCAUGUGCCACAUUCCAGUCUUCUGUUGGAUUUCUGCAACAGUCCUUGAACACAUGCUGGAACAUAAGAGAGAAGAGAUGCCCAAGACUCUGACUGAGAUGUACACACACCUUGUGGUGUUUCAUACCAAACAGAAGAAUGAAAAGUAUCUUGGGAAAGAAGAGACAGGUCCACACUGGAAUAAAGAGAGCAUUCUGUCACUGGGAAAACUGGCUUUUCAACAGCUUGUGAAUGGCAAUCUGAUUUUCUAUGAAAAAGACCUGAAAGAGGCUGGCAUUGAUGUCAAUGAAGCCUCAGUGUACUCAGGAUUGUGCACACAGCUCUUUAAAGAGGAAUGUGUGCUGUACCAGGACAAGGUGUACUGCUUUGUUCAUCUGAGCAUUCAGGAGUUUCUGGCUGCUGUAUAUGUGUUCCUCUCAUUCAUGAACAACAAUGAGAAUCUAAUGGCCGAACCACAAACAAAGUCCAGUAUCUUUUCUUCGCUGUUCAGAGACAAGCCUGAAGUUACUUUCUACAAGAGUGCUGUGGAUAAAGCCUUACAAAGUGAGACGGGAAACCUGGACCUUUUCCUCCGCUUCCUUCUGGGCCUCUCACUGGAGUCCAAUCAGAAGCACUUACGAGGUCUACUGACAGAGACAAGAAGCAGCUCACAGAGCCAUGAAGAAACAGUCAAGUACAUCAAGGAGAAGAUCAGGGAGAAUCACUCUCCAGAGAGGAGCAUCAAUCUGUUCCACUGUCUGAAUGAACUGAAUGACCAUUCUCUAGUGGAGGAGAUCCAAAGCUACCUGAGAUCAGGAAGUCUCUCAGAAGACGAACUGUCACCUGCACAGUGGUCAGCUCUGGUCUUUGUGUUGCUGACUUCAGAAAAGGAGCUGGAUGUGUUUGACCUGAAGAAAUACUCCAGAUCAGAGGAAGGUCUUCUGAGGCUGCUGCCAGUGGUCAAAGCCUCCAGAGCUGUUCUGCUGUCAGACUGUGGAGUCACAGAGGAAGGCUGUGCUUCUCUGGUCUCAGCUCUGGAGUCAAACCCCUCACACCUGAGAGAGCUGGAUCUGAGUAACAAUAACCUGAAGGAUUCAGGAGUGAAGCUGCUCUCUGCUGGACUGGGGAAUCCCCACUGUAAACUGGAGACUCUGAGGCUGUCAGGCUGUCUAGUCACAGAGGAAGGCUGUGCUUCUCUGGUCUCAGCUCUGAGGUCAAACCCCUCACACCUGAGAGAGCUGGACCUGAGCUACAAUCACCCAGGAGACUCAGGAGUCAGACUGCUCUCUGCUGGACUGGAGGAUCCACACUGCAGACUGGAGAAACUCAAUGUGGAACAUGGUGGAGAGAACAGAAUGAAACCUGGACUUAGAAAAUAUGUCUGUGAUCUCACACUGGACCUAAACACAGUAAACAGACACCUCUCUCUGUCUGAGGAGAACAGAAAGGUGACAUGUAGGAGAGAGGAGCAGCCGUAUCCUGAUCACCCAGAGAGAUUUGAGGUCUGUAGACAGGUGCUGUGUAGAGAGGGUCUGACUGGGCGCUGUUACUGGGAGGUAGAGUGGAGUGGGAGAAGGGCUGAUAUAGGAGUGACAUAUAAAGGAAUCAACAGGAGAGGAGGGGGUGAUGACUGUUAUCUUGGACACAAUGACAAGUCCUGGAUUCUGACCUGCUCUGACAACAGAUACUCUGCCUGGCACAAUAAUAAUCUCACUAUCAUAGACGUCCGCCCCUCCAGCACCCACAGAGUAGGAGUGUAUCUGGACUGGCCAGCCGGCACUCUGUCCUUCUAUAGAGUCUCCUCUGACACACUGACCCACCUGAUCACAUUCACCUCCACAUUCACUGAGCCCCUCUAUCCAGGGUUUAUGGUUUAUUAUGAAGACUCCUCAGUGUCCCUGAAAUAAUAACCUGACACACACACACACACACACACACACACACACACACACACACUGGACACACACUGGACACACACUCACACACACACAUUUGUUGUCUUUUAUGUUGAAUAACAAAUUGUAUAAUUAUAUAUGGACAUACGCUCCAUAGUUGUACAAGUAUACAAGGAUAUAUUGUACUUUUCAUAAUAAAACAUAGUUGAAACAAGAAAA